UUCGUUUCUGGAUUUCUUAUUUUUUUUCUCUGUGAUUCUUUCUCUCUCUAAAUCUUCCUCGACAAAAAAUGGCCCAUUUGGAUCCCAAAGCUUCCAUCUUUAUUAUAUUUUUGCCUUCUCUUCUUCCAUCUUUCUUGGCCUUCCCAAAAUGCUGGCUUUGAUGCUCCAGCUGUGUUGGUUUGAUUUCUGAUUCAUGGGUUUGUUUCUGGGUUGUUCUUGUUUUGGGUGCAGAGCAAGCCAGCAUGUAUGAGUCUGUGGAAUACUGGGAAUGAGUGAAUGAUCAAAACCUUUGUGGGUUUUUGAGGAGGAGUCAUGUAUCAGAAUUCAGUUUUUGAGGGCAAAGUCCAAAUAGGGUUCUUCAUAGGGGGCUGUAUUGAUGCUCAAAAUGAUGACCAUGUUGGGAAAAUCAUGCUUUGUUUGAUCUUGAGGAAGUGUAUUUUUGUCCUGCUAAGAAAAUGGACUUGCUGGAAAUGGGAGCUCAUAUUCCAUGCAGCAGCUAUGCCCCAGUAUAUAUCCCCACAAUGAAUCAUAACUUAAGUGCUAAUGGCAGUGAGAGGAAUCAUAAUUUGACUUCUGACCAGCUUUUUUGGUAUUACAAGGAGGUGUUCAAGCAGAAAAUGCUCAAUCAAGAAAUGAUAUUUAAGAAUCAGAUUCUGGACCUCCACCGCCUUUAUGGAAGACAAAGAGAACUAAUGGAUGAUAUAACACGGAAUGAAUUAGAUAAACAUAAUCUGGGCACCGAGGUUUCAAGGCGGACUACUUCUUUGUCUCAGACUUCCCUUGUCUGUGUUCAAAAGACAUUCAACAUCCCUGCAUGCAGUCAAGUAUCUAUUUCAGGUGCUGAAAAUAUCCAGUCACCUUCAUGUUUUCUUCAAGGGAGGAACAUACGGGCAUGCUCUUAUCCUGCUCAAACUGAAGGCCAUUCAGGAGACCGUGAAUUUUUGAAAUCCAAAUACAAGAAACCUCGGAAGAACUUGGACCUUCGACUUCCAGCUGAUACAAUAUACAUUGAUAGUGAAGAAGAGGAAUUGUUAGAAGACGGAAAGGUUUCUGAAGCAGCUGAGGUAUCAAAUUAUCCUACUAAGAGAAUUCCCGAGGUUGUGUGUAAUGGUGAUGCAACUAAUGGAUUCAACUCCGUUUCCAAUUAUGCCUCAAGUGCUUCAUUAGAAAAAGGUUGGGUUGACUUAAAUUAUCUGUAUAAGCUACAGGAAAAAACAGCUCCUGCAUCCGAUAGUUUUGAGGGGCCCACUGCUGUCGAAGCUUACUCAAAUAUUCUACUGCAAGGCACAGAAAGAAAACAGGAGUGGUUGUCAUCUUAUAAUUACAAUGCUGGGAAAAUUCAAAGCAGCUUGUAUUCUUUGCCUCAAGGAUUUCAUGCAGAUGACAUAUCCUCGUCAUCUAACUCAUUACAUAAGAAGCUUACGCAACAGGAACCGUCAUCCUUUCUUCACAAUCACCAAAAUUCGUCGAGUGAAAGAGCAAUGAUUGCUGUUCAAAACUUCAGAAGAAAUUCUGAAACUAAAAAUGAUCAUCAAUCUGGACCAAGUGGAGCUUUGAUGUGCACAUCAUCCCAACAUAUUCCUCAUGACUGCAUGGAAAAUUCUGGGUCCUCAGGCAUUGCUGCUUUAAGAAAACCUAUGCAUGACUUGGCACUUACCCAGAUUGCAGUUCAAGCACUCCCAUGUCCUAACACCUCUAUACCACUCAGUAAUAACUGUAAAUCAUCAACAUUAAGGCAUGGGCUUGAGGAAGAAAGGUUACAGUUGAAGAAGCAUCUGAGGUCUAGUACAAAACAUGAUGGUCCGGUCUCUGACAGUAGCUUUAGCAAUGUCUUUGAUUUAGAAUCCAACAAAUCAGGGGCCCAGCCACCAUCCAUCAGUUCUGAUAAUCUGAUAAGGGUUAAUAACGGUUUAGUGCCUGAACUUCAUGGAAUUACCAGAUACCUGCAGGAUUCUGCAAAUGUCAAUGCUCGGAAGGAUAUAGACUUGAAUUUCAUGCCUCCUAGCUGUUCUUCGGAUGCAGCAGUUUCCCAGAGUUUACAAACAGCUGGAACAGAAAAGCUUGAAGAUUCUAAUGAGAGGUUUCCUUUGCAUAGACCGAAACUUGAUUAUUAUGGGAAUACUGAUAAAGGAUGUGAAGAUUCAAAUCAGGCAGAGGCAAGUGACUUCUUGAGUCAACAGAUUCAUGGGUCUCCUACUUGUGAGACUCCUAACAUUUCUGGUGAUCACUGUUUUCAUGUCUCAGGCUCCAAUCACCAUCAGAACUCAGUUCAAGAUAUCAAGGACAGCAAAAGAGCUGUGCUACUUGAUUUAAAUGUGCCUUGUGAUUCUGUGCACAACAACAAAGUAGAACUAACUGUUGAUGAACAUGUGGAAAAGAGUAAAUUUAAGAAAGAUGCAGGUUUUGGAGGUCACAUUGACCUGAACUCAUCCAUAAAUGAUGUAGGUUUUGGAGUUCACAUUGACCUGAACACAUCCGUAAAUGAAGAUGAGUUUUCAGCAAUGUCAUCCUCUUCAACAGAGAGUCUUUUGGAGGCACCUUCUAGUCCAGAAAACAAAGAGUGUUCUCCACCGAGAGGCGUCUCAUCUGAUGGAAAUCAAGUUGACACACCUGAUCUAAUGUCAGUACUGGAAGCUCCAGAAAACAAGGAGUCUUCUCCACCUACAGGAGAAUCUGAUGAAAAUCAUGUUGAGAUACCUUUUCCAUUGUCAGUACAGGAAGAUCUCGAACAUAAGGUGCGUUCUCAGCCAACAGAAUCUGAUGAACAAAUUGAGACACCUUUUGCAUUGUCAGGGCAGGGAGGUCUGCAGAACAAAGAGUGUUCUCAGCCAAUAGAAUCUGAUGAAAAUCAAAGCGUGACACCUUUGCCAUUGUCAAAUAUGGAAAGCAAAGAUUGUUCUAAGCCUAUGGAAUCUGAUGAAAAUCAAAUUGAUACACCUUUUCCAUCAGGACUGGAUGAUCUGGAGGGCAAAGAUUGUUCUCAGCCUAUGGACUCUGAUGAAACUCAAAUUCAGACACCUUUGCCAUUGUCGGGACAGGAAAAUCUGGAAACCAAAGAGCGUUCACAGCCAAUGGAUUCUACUGAAAAACCAAUUGAGACACCUUUUCUAUUGUCAGGACAGGAAGUGCAUCUGGAAGAGGAACUGUUCAGGACUGCUGCAGAAUGUUUGGUCACCAUUUCAUCAUCCGUGUGUCAUACUUGUUCUGAAAGGACCACAUACAAGCCAACUGAAACUUCAUCUGAUUCCCUAAAGUGGUUUGCUGGUUUAGCGUCUUCAGUUUUAGGCAGUCUAGAAAAUGAGGUGGGAUGCGGUGAUCAUCAGGAGGUUCUACCUGAUGGAAUGGACUACUUUGAGGCCAUGACAUUGAAGCUACCAGAGUCAAAGGUGGAAGAGUGCUGCUGCUAUAGAAGUAAUGGCUACAAAGAGGAAGUGAUGGUCACAGCUUCAUCACAAAGUCAGCCAAAAAAGGGUCGACCUAGAAAAGGAAGGCAACGGAGGAAGGACUUCCAAAGGGAAAUUCUCCCUGGCCUUGCUUCUUUGUCAAGGUGUGAGGUGACUGAGGAUCUUCAGAUCAUAGGAACACUAAUUGAGGCUUCUGCUGAUUGCUCUGAAACAAGAUCAGUAAGACAUGCAGCUAAAUUUGGGUUGGCAAGGGGGAGGAGAAGGUGCACCAUUUCUGCUUCCGCUGUAAAAGAGAAUACUGCCGCUUCACCACUGAAUCACAUCGGUGUCAAAAGGCAAUUGGAAUGUGAGAAGAGAAGCCUAAUUGAUUGGGGAGAGGUAACUAGGCGGCCUAGAGGGCAGAGAAAUUCGGGUAGUGAUCUGCGGCUGAUUAGAAACAAGGUAUAGGGAAAUGAAUAACAGAGUGUUUUUAAAUGCUCUUUUGGGAGGUUUGUGUGAAUCAUAAGGUUGGUUUUUGUACAUGUCCUCCAAACCUUCAGAGUUCAUACAUGUGGGUGGGUAUAUACGUUUGGGUGGAUAGAACUCAUAGAAAGGAAGCCAGGACAUUCAUGCAUGAGAGUCCCCUCAUUUGCAGAAUGAUAUAUUCAAAUUUGAAGUGUUUUUGGCAAAGUGCUAUAGUUGACUAUGAGAGAGUUCUUUUUCUUCAAUCAAAGUUAUCAAACAUUUUGUUGAA